AAUAAGGACUUCAUGAUGGAGGAUCACUGGCCUCUCACAUCAGCAGUUAGAUCCAGUAAGAUGACAACGCCGGAGAGAUGUCCCAGUCCUCUUCUUCCACAGGAUGGUUCAGAAGAACAUCACAAUGUCCCUUUGGAUGAUGAUCAGCUUGUGAAUCCAGGUGAAUAUCUGAACAUUAUAUAUGUUACAGACACAUAUGAGAGGGGUGAUGAGCAGAUUAGAGAGGACAUUCCUACAGAUAUCUGCCCAGAUGACUGUACCAAGAGUUUGGAGGGACAUCUGAUAUUUUCAGAUUUUAAAGCAAAUAAUCAUGGUAUAACAGAAGAUACUUAUGAAGAGCAUUGGAUUGGAUUGUCAUUGGAUCCUUCUAAACAGAUCCGAUCUUCUGAUUCAUCGCAGACUGUUCAGGAAAAUAAAAGUCACAGAAGGAAUGAUGAACAUCAUAGACCUCACACAGGGGAGAAGUCAAUGUCAUGUUUAGAAUGUGGGAAACAUUAUAGAUAUGAAUCAGAACUUGCUAGACAUCAGAAAUCUCACACAGGGGAGAAGCCAUUUUCAUGUUCAGAAUGUGAGAAACAUUUUAUACAUAAAUCAGAUCUUGUUAGACAUCAGAGAACUCACACAGGAGAGAAGCCAUUUUCCUGUUCAGAAUGCGGGAAAUGUUUUAUUAAUAAAUCCAAUCUUUCACAACAUGAGAGAGCUCACACAGGGGAGAAGCCAUUUUCAUGUCCAGAAUGUGGGAAAUGUUUUAACCAGAAAUCAGCUCUUGUUGUGCAUCAAAGAAUUCACACAGGGGAGAAACCAUUUUCAUGUUCAGAAUGUGGGAAAUUUUUUAACCAGAAAUCAUAUCUUAUUAAACAUCAGCGAAUUCACACAGGGGAGAAACCAUUUUCAUGUUCAGAAUGUGGGAAAUGUUUUAACCAGAAAGCAGAUCUUGUAAAACAUCACAGAAUUCACACAGGAGUGAAGCCAUUUUCAUGUUCAGAAUGUGGGAAAUGUUUUAACCAGCAAUCAAUUCUAGUUACACAUCAGAGAAUUCACACAGGGGAGAAGCCAUUUGCAUGUUCAGAAUGUGGGAACUGUUUUAAUCAGAAAUCAGAUCUUGUUCGACAUCAGAGAAUUCACACAAGAGAAAAGCCAUUUUCAUGUUCAGAAUGUGGGAAAAUGUUUAGUGUUAAAUCAGCUCUUGUUAUACAUCAAAGAAUUCACACAGGGGAGAAACCGUUUUCAUGUUCAGAAUGUGGGAAAUGCUUUAUCCAGAAAUCGGUUCUCAUUAAACAUCAAAGAACUCACACAGGGGAGAAACCAUUUUCAUGUUCACAAUGUGGGAAAUGUUUUAUAAAUCAAUAUAAUCUUGCUGAGCAUCAGAGAAGUCACACAGGGGUGAAGCCAUUUUCAUGUUCAGAAUGUGGGAAGCAUUUUAGUGUUAAAUCAGCUCUUGUUAUGCAUCAUAGAAUUCACACAGGGGAGAAGCCAUUUUCAUGUUCAGAAUGUGGGAAAUGUUUUAUCCAGAAAUCAGAUCUUGUUAAACACCAGAGAAUUCACACAGGGGAGAAACCAUUUUCAUGUUCAGAAUGUGAGGAACGUUUUAACCAGAAAGUACAUCUUGUUAAACACCAGAGAAUACACACAGGGGAGAAGCCUUUUUUAUGUUCAGAAUGUGGGGAAUAUUUUAGCGUCAAAUCAGCUUUUAUUAUACAUCAUAGAAUUCACACAGGGGAGAAGCCAUUUUCAUGUUCAGAAUGUGGGAAAUGUUGUAACCAGAAAACACAUCUUGUUAAACACCAGAAAAUUCACACAGGGGAAAAGCCAUUUUCAUGUUCAGAAUGUGGGAAACAUUUUAGUCAUAAAUCAGAUCUUGUUAGACAUAAAAAAAUUCACACAGGGGAGAAGCCAUUUUCAUGUUCUGACUGUGGGAGACAUUUUUGUCAUAAAUCACAUCUUAUUAGACAUGAGAGAACUCAUACAGGGGAAAAGCCAUUUUCAUGUUCAAAAUGUGGGAAAUGUUUUAACCAAAAAGCAUAUCUUGUUAAACAUGAGAGAAUUCACACAGAGGAGAAGCCAUUUCCAUGUUUAGAAUGUGGAAAAUGUUUCAUGGAUAAAUAUAAGCUUGCUAGCCAUGAGAGAAGUCACACAGGUGAGAAGCCAUUUUCAUGUUCAGAAUGUGGGGAAUAUUUUAGUGUUAAAUCAGCUUUAGUUAUACAUCAGAGAACUCACACAGGGGAGAAGCCUUUUUCAUGUUCAGAAUGUGGGAAAUGUUUCAUAGAUAAAUAUAAUCUUGCUAAACAUCACAGAAUUCACACAGGGGAGAAACCAUUUUCAUGUUCAGAAUGUGGGAAAUGUUUUAACCGGAAAUCAGCUCUUGUUAUGCAUCAAAAAAUUCACACAGGGGAGAAGCCAUUUUCCUGUACAGAAUGUGGGAAAAGUUUCAUAGAUAAAUAUAAGCUUGCUAAACAUAAGAGAAUUCACGCAAGAGAAAAGUCAUUUUUAUGCUAAGAAUGUGAGAAAUGUUUUACCCACAAAUCCCAUCAUCUUGCACAUCAAAAGCUCAUCAAAACUCCUCAGGGAAGCAGCCAUUUUCUUUAAUUUUAUUAACAAAUUCUACAUAUUUUAUACGCGUGGAAAAACAUUAAAUUAUGAUUACUGUAUGGAAGGGUUAAAGGGCAUCUAUCACCACAUACCUGCAUAGUAAUCAAAAUCACUUUUUCUGAUAUCCGCUUGCCUGCUGAUUUAAACACACUUUCCACCAUCUUGAUUAGUGUUCCCAUUCCAAAUUCCUGCUUUUAUUUUAUGCAAAUGACCUGUUAGGUGCAACAAAUGCCUCGACGUUGCACCUCCUAGCACCUAAAGCUCCGCUCCAUUUAGCUUUUGGACACCCCUCACCAAGCUUCCAGGGCCAGUAAUCUCACCUGGGGAUGUGUUCUUGCACAUGCACUGAUACUGAAUCAGUGCAUGCGCAGUACAGCCCUAAUGCUUGCCACAGAUACUUAGUACAGAUGUCAUUAGCUUUGACAAGCAUCAGGGCUGAACUGCGCAUGCACUGAUUCCCGAGCUGAGGGGUGCAGCCAACAGCCAAAGAGAGUGGAGCUUUAGUUGAUACAAGGAGGAAUGGCGAUGCCCUUGUUGCUCCAAGCAGGUCAUUUGCAUAAAGUAAAAGCAGGAAUGUCUCUGUAAUGAGGCCACUGAUUGAGAUAGAGGAAAGUAUGUUUAAAACGGCAGGCAAGCGCACAUUUGAAAAGUCAUUUGAUUACUAUGCAGGUACGUGGUGGUUAAUUGAUCUCUAAUUUUGGCUAUUUUAGUUUCUACCACUUCUAGCUUAGAUGGCAGCUUCAAAACGACAUACCAGAUGAGCAUUGGUGUGUAAUGAGAGCUUACCAACAUCUGUUUCUUUACUUUGUAUGAUAUAACUGUAAAUAUUUUAUUCACUUAGCAUUGUUUAAGCCUAUGUAUUCAUGUAGCCCAGAAUCCACAGUAAAGAAAAAAUACUAAAUAUAUGCAAUAACCACUAAAUGUCUUUUCUUCAAGACUUUGUUUAAGACUCCAGAUAACACACCGAUGUAUCAACCAUGCACAUACAAU